AUGCAAAUGAAGAAUCACAAAGAGGAAGAGGAAGAGGCGGCAAAUUUCAUAGCCGUGGUCGAGGUAAUUUCAGAGGCAGAGGAAGAGGAAGAUUUGGUGGAAAUUCAAACUAUUCAGAUUCAAAUCAAAGGCAAUCAUCACGAGGACGUGGAAGAGGUACUUAGAAUAAAAGAGGUGAAAUAUGAAACUGUUAAAGAAGACAAAGUAUUUUGUGCCAAAGGUGAAGAAGAUGAACAACCUACUUUAUUAUUCUCAUCCGAUGGGAAUGAAGGCAAAGAUCAAGAAUCAUGGUUCUUGGAUAUAGGCGCAAGCAACCAUAUGACAGGCAAGAAAAAUUUAUUCAUGACCAUUGAUGAAUCAUAUAAUGGUAGUAUUUCAUUUGUAGAUGAUAAAAAUAUAGUUUACGAAGGCAAAGGUGAUAUCUUGAUUCAAGCCAAGAAUGGCUCACAUCAGUUCAUUACUGAUGUAUAUUAUGUUCCAGAAAUGAAAGUGAAUGUGUUGAGUUUACGCCAACUUUUGGAGAAAUAA